CAAAAGUUCCUCGGGUCGAGGGAGUGAAAUAAAUGUAACACUCAGCAAGCAGCAACAAUGUGAAAAGAAGGUUUUUCUGUUCAUAGUGUGAGGGGGGAAACCAAGAUGGCCACCCGCCGUGUUCCUCUAGUCUUAUUAGCCUGUGGCUCCUUUAAUCCCAUCACCAACCAGCACAUGAGGCUGUUUGAGCUGGCCAGAGACCACAUGAAUGGCACAGGUCAGUACCAGGUAGUGGGUGGCAUAGUGUCUCCAGUGAGUGACAGCUAUGGAAAGCAAGGGCUGGUUCUGGCAAAGCACCGCAUUGCUAUGGCGAAGUUGGCACUGCAGAGCUCCAGCUGGAUCACAGUGGAUGAAUGGGAGAGUCAGCAGCCAGACUGGACGGAGACAGUGGUCACCCUGAGGCAUUAUUAUGGCCGUAUUCUAAAGGAGCAUGAGCGAAGCACAGGAAUGCACAACAACUCCAGUGGAAGGGCAGCUCUCCUCGCAAGCCCUUCUCCACAGCUGAAGCUCCUGUGUGGAGCUGAUUUCCUCAGCACCUUCAAGGUCCCAGACUUGUGGCGGGACGACCACGUGGAGGAAUUGGUCAGGCGAUUCGGCCUUGUCUGCAUCAGUCGAGGCAGGCUGCAACCGGAGCAGGCCGUGCACGAGUCGGACACACUCUCCCACCAUAGACACAACAUUUUCCUGGUGAGGGAAUGGGUGAGGAAUGAGAUAAGUGCCACAGAGGUACGGCGGGCUCUGAGACGGGGCCUGAGUGUGAAAUACCUGAUCCCGGACUCUGUGAUAGAGUAUAUUCACCAGCACAACCUCUACACAGAGGACAGCGAGAGGAGAAAUGAGGGCAAUGUGUUGAGGCCACUCACCAAACAGGCACAAGAGCCAGUGUAGAGCCUGGAUGACUGAUGCAGACACACUGCUGCAGUACUGAGCUGUGUGCUUUCACUGGACUGCUGUGUGAAAGAGGUUUGCACAACCUGCAAGUGCCUGCAAAGAAUCAUGUCUGGAACUAAGUACAGUGGAACCUUGGAGUAUAAUUCGGUCCGGCAAUGUGCUCGUAAUCCAAAGCACGUGUAUAUCAAAGCGAAUUUCCCCAUAAGAAAUAAUGGAAACUCAGAUGA